AUGGGCCACCGCAAGUCGUCUACAGCUGCCCGUCGCCGUCGUUGGCCUCACCACCACCACCGUCAUGACCAUGGCCAGGGGACAGUGCACCACGCUCAUGAUCCCUGUGACGAUUCCCAUGUGAAACUACGUACGCGCAGGAGGCAUCGUGGCCAUGCCGCAGAGGGCAACUCGAACCAAGCCACGGCAGGGCCAGCCUGUCUUGGCCUCGUGGAAAGCUGGCUCGCCAGCACCACAGACCUGGACCUCGACUCUAAGGAUGGACCCACGGACGCUGCUGCAUCUACGGCUGCCCACCGAAGGCGAUCACUUCGGGAUGGUGCCAAGGUCAGGCCGCCCGAGCUGCAGGACAAUCAUGCCAGACGACGGCCCCAGCCACUGCUCCUGAGAAGUGACGAUACUCGCUCACCCCUGCCCGGGCCCUAUCGCGAUAAUCACAGGCUCCCAGCCAAGAAGCGCCCCAUGUCCGAUGACAGCUCCCUACUCAGCUUUGACGGGCUCGAGCGAGUCUCCUCCCCCCAAGGUCCACCGCCACUGCAACAACGCGUGCGUGUCAGCCAUGAAACUCCUCCAGUCCCCUCACGGGAUGUCGUUGAUGCAAGUGACGGCCACAUGUCGUCGCAGAAAUCUGCAACCCCAAAGCAUCAAAGCUUUGAAAGAAGACUGCGACACCGGACGAGGCAAGACCGGUACGAUACACGGAAACAAAACCCCAAGCCUGCGAAGUCGGAAGGCAAGGCUCAGAGUCAGGUGUCGAGCAGAUGGAGGGAGAACGAUAGAAGGAGGAAUUCGCUGACGGGCAAGAAUGUGAUGAACAAGUAUCACUCCGCUGCAGUGAUGAAUGAUCGCAUUACUAUUCCAUACGCUCUCAAGCCAGGGGUUUUCCAGAACGGCCGUGAGGCAGGCUCGAAACCUAGCGAUGCCAUUGAAAAUUGGCGAAGACCUAGCAAUUCAAGCAAGGCGACCUCCUAUUUUACCUGGUCAGAGAGUUCUUCGAGACCUCAGUCAGGAAAACCGAGGCAGGAGUCCGUGGAUUCUUCAAGUAACGACUACCAAGAUAGCCUUACGCCUGACACGAUCAGGAGAGCUUUGGUUGAUAGUGGAAUCUAUCACGGCACUGGCAUCACUCGAUAUGAUGAGACUGUCAAAGCAACCGGAAGUAGCGAAAAGGCACUCAACCAGAAGCCAAGGUCUGCCUCAAAGCCAGACCCGCUGGCGAACGGUAGCCCAGAGCUUCCUUCCACUUUAGCUGUAAAGAUGCAAGACCACAGAAGGGGAGAACUCGAUACGGCUAAUCACCCAUCGUUGAGGGCACGCUGGGAGAAUCUCUUGCCAGCCGAAUGGCACCUGGAACGUACGGAGCACACCGAUGGGAUAGCCAAUUGGCAGGGAAUACAAGAAUGUACCUCCAGGCGAGGCAGCAUUCAAUCUCACACGGGCGCAGAUGGAAACAGUCCCAAAGCCAUGGCUGACUCGUCAGAGAACAAAGUAAGUCAGCGACAGAGAAGUGCCAAAGAAGCACGAAUCCACAAUGUAGACAACAGCAUUGGUAGGGGGCACACAGUCUCGGAAGAUGGGAUUUCUAUAACAUCUCGAGAUGCCAUGCCACCUCCUCCAUUCCCUCCAAACAAACCCACUUCGACCGCCGCCGUAGAAGGAGGGCCGGGAUCGCAAACAACCAAAUUGACUCUAGAAAAUAGUCUUCUCCUUGAGAAGGACACUAUUGUAACUAGGUCGCCCGAUGUGCGACCGCAAGGCGAGCACAAGUCCGGAGGUGCGCGUGGCCGAGUUGAGAAUAUUGAAAGCAACGGCAGGGGUUUCCCCUCUGUUCGGACUGCUUCGUGGAUCCCGCAGGCACAGACUCCAAGACCUACUGGCUCAAUCUGCUGCACCAAAGCCCAUAGUUCCGACAACAGUUAUGCGCCUUUUGCGAAUUCAUUUGUCGGGAGUUCAUCGCGAGACGCCGUAAGCCAUGCUCAUAGAAGCCCGGACAUGGAAGAGAUUGCAGACUACAUCCUGAGAAUAGAGCGUGAGAUGCAAGAUCAGUCAUCAGAAACUGACGCAGAAGGUGUUGAGAGUCCAAUUCAGCUCUCUGAAAAGCUUCAACCAUCGCAGCAUCUCUUCGAUGAGCCAUCCGUCGUUCAGGAGCCGCCUGUAGAUACUGCGGCCGGCCAGGAAUCGAUCAUGAAUGGCUGUCCGAACUGGAAUGGAUGUGAGUAUCAACUGGAAGGUUUCAAAGACGAUCGGACGAAUUACAUUUACGAAAUCGGUGGCAAUGAUGUUCCGAGAACGAUAUGUCAACAAUUUGAGGAUACUCCUGAACUCGAGGCGGAGAAGUCUGAAAUGUCGUCGUUUUGGCGCCCAAACCAACUUAUGCGAUUUUGA